AUGCCACCCCCACAACUAUCAGGAGAGUGGAACGAGUUCGCAGCUACAGAUCCAACUUACAUCAACCAUGAUCAAGAUUUGGAGACUAUCAGAAGAAAUAUUAAUCAGCAAAGCUUGGAUAACAUGGCUUUGCUAAAGGAGCCAGCAAUGGUAGCUCUUGCUAGUGUCAAGGCAGUAGACACAACCGUCACUUUACCACAUGCGCCGACUCACAAAUUCAGAAUUCGUGUGUAUUCCCCCGGGCAAAGCAGUGCAAAAGCGCUGCCGGUAAUGCUUUACUUCCACAAUGGAUAUUGGGCUACCGGAAAUGUAGACGGUGAUGACCUUGGCUGCCGGGCUAUGAUUGGACACGGCAAUGAGCUUGUCAUUAUUUCUUUCGAAUACCGACUUGCACCGGAAAAUUCAUGGGACACUAUUCUUUCGGAUGCAGAAUAUGCUCUUCAAUGGGUUAACAAGGAUGCAUCAUCUUAUGGAGGCGAUGUUCGAAAGGGCUUAUACAUUGGUGGUGCCACCGCUGGUGCGCAUUUAGCUGCUGCUACAGCUAUUCGUGCGCGCGACAGACACCCUUCAAUUCAGCUUGCAGGCCAGUGCUUGAUUGUUCCGACAGUUCUGGAAAACGCCGAAGCUCCUGUAUUCGGAGAAAAGGAUUGGCAGAAAUACCUGUCCAUAUUAAAUGUUCCCGAAUCAGAGCAAAGGAAGGGAGAAAAUUUCCCUGUUUGGGCAGACCUCAAGGGACUCCCUCCGACAUACCUUGCUAUGGAUGGACCUGACCCUAUACGAGACGAGGGUUAUUUGUAUGAGGCCAUGCUCCGCAAGGCCGGUGUCCAGACUCGAACUGAUCACUACGAAUUGCCUAAUUGGUUCGUCCAAUUUCCUCAGCUACCAACGACCGCUAAGGCGGGGAUGGAGCUUGCAACGGCAGUUCGGUGGUUGAUGGAAGCUAAUAAGUACACCCUGUAA